AUGUUGCAAGUAGUACUAUCAGAUGAAUAAAACUUAUCUAUUUCAUAAGAAUUAUUUCAUCAGGGUGGUAAUUUUAGGAUUUCCAAAUAAUCCUUAAUGAAAAUAGUUAGCGCUGCUUAGGAACGGUUAUUUGCGGAGGAGAUAGAUGAAUUAGAAAAUAUUAAUGGUUUACAAAAUUUGGAAAUGACUUUGUGCACCAGUUUUUAGAAGGGUUUAAAGGGAGACGAUUUUCAGGAGAGGGAAAUUCUCUUCGGGAAUAAUAGGAAACCUGUAAUUCCCCCAAAAACUUACAUAUAAUUGCUUUUAUAAGCUUUAGAGGUUGAAUUAUUAGUAUAGAAUCUAAAUAGGAUUUCAUAAUGAGAGUGUUGCUGGUGGCCUCUAUCGUCUCAAUAGUAAUUGGAGUGUCGACAGCAGAUGAUGAUCAUCGCUCCUUGGCUUGGAUAGAAGGAUUUGCAAUUUUCAUAGCCGUGUUUGUGUGUUGCAAUGUAACUGCAAUCAAUGUAAGAGAUAAGCAUUUAUGUGAAGGACUAUCAAAAGGAGAGAUAAUUUCAAAGUUUAAAUCAGAUGGCUGACAGCAGGAAAACGGUAACAGUUUGGAGAGAUGGAUAAAAAAUAGAUUUGCACCAGAGUUUAGUGAUGGUGGGUGAUAUCAUUUAAAUCUUUGAAGGCAUGGAAAUACCAGCAGAUUGCUUUGUUGUGGAGGCAGCUGAAUUAACAUGUGACGUAAUCAAAUAACAAAUGCUCAAUAGGAAAGUGCGAUGACAGGGGAGACUGAUCCGAUCAAAAAAGAUACUUACGAGAAUUGUAAAAGGUCGAGAGAUAAAUUGAAAGAUCAACAGAACUCUUGUGGUAGACAUGAUAUUCCCUCUCCAGUUAUGCUCAGUGGCACGAAGGUGCUUUCAGGAGAGGGUAAGAUGAUAGUAGCUGUAGUAGGAGAUUCUAGUUGCGUUGGAAAAAUCUCCUCGUUGCUUGCUACUGAGGAGGUACAAACCACUCCAUUAUAAGAAAAAUUAGAAGCCAUCGCUUAAGAUGUAGGUAAGUUCGGUCUUGCAAGUGCUGCCUUGAUAUUGUUAAUUUUAUUAUUGAGAUUUGCCGUGGAAAGGAUUAAAGAAAAUUCAUUUGAAAAAGAUCAUGUGAAGGAAAUGCUUAAUUUCAUUAUCAUAUCAAUCACAGUCAUCGUAGUUGCAAUUCCUGAAGGAUUGCCACUUGCUGUUACUCUUUCCUUGGCUUAUUCUACAAAAAGAAUGCUGAAGGACAACAAUUUAGUUCGAAAAAUGGCUGCUUGUGAGACUAUGGGUGGAGCAGAUAUGGUAUGUUCAGAUAAAACAGGCACAUUGACUUAAAAUAAAAUGUUUAUGGUAUCAAUUUGGAAUGACAGUCUUAUGGACAUUGAUGUGUAUAAUGAGUAAUUGAAUUUGAAUACUUAUUUUCCUGCUUAGAUGCAUGAGUUGUAUGUCCAAUCAUCAAUUGUUAAUGGAACAGCCAUGAUUAGACCAGAGGAAAAAGGAAGUAAAACUGAAGUAGCCAUGAUUCUAUUUGCCGAGAAAUGUGGGAUCAUCUAUGAAAAGGAAAGAGAACAUCAUGUUGCCAGUGUUAAGAUCCCUUUCUCAAGCAAAAGAAAAAGAAUGGCUAUGAUCAUUGGAAAAAGGUUAGUUAUAAAGGGUGCUAGUGAAAUCAUUCUAGACGGGUGCAAUAAAUUGCAUUCGAAAAGCAGAGGCAUCAUUUCAAUUGAUUCUAAUGUCAGAUAAAGUAUAGAGAAAGCAAUAGAAUCUAUGGCAUCGCAGUCUCUUAGAACUAUCGGAUUAGCUUAUAGAGAAUUAAAUGGAUCUGAAGAUCUGACUAGCAAAAAUGAUAAAGGGGUGUAUGAUGUUGAAACUGAAAAUUUGACCUUGAUUGCUAUUGUUGGAAUCAAAGAUAUCUUAAGACCUGAAGUCCCUGGAGCUGUUGCUAAUUGCAAAACUGCAGGUAUCAAAGUUAGAAUGGUAACUGGUGAUAAUAAGAUCACUGCCAGAGCUAUAGCAAAAGAAUGUGGAAUUUUGAUUGAUGAGGAACGCUCCUUAGUAUUAGAAGGUCCAGACUUUGUUAAUAGAAUCGGAGGUGUAGUUUGUAAAUGGUGCAAGACAGCUAGUUGUGAUUGUCCAAGAGAUUAAUCAACAGCCAAACAAUUAGGUAAACCAGUUAGAGUGGAUACCAUUAAAAAUGGUGAAGAAUUUGAUAAAAUCUAUCCUCUUUUAGAUGUUUUAGCCAGAAGUAGACCUGAAGAUAAAUAUGCACUUGUGACAGGACUCCUAGAAAGAGGACAUGUUGUAGCAGUGACCGGGGAUGGUACUAAUGAUGGUAAUAUAUUGAAUUAAAUUCUUUCUAGCUCCUGCUCUAAAGAAGGCUGAUGUAGGAUUUGCUAUGGGUAUUGCAGGCACAGAAGUUGCUAGAGAGAGUGCUUCCAUUAUUCUAUUGGAUGAUAAUUUUAGUUCAAUAGUCAAGGCAGUGAUGUGGGGAAGGAAUAUCUACGAUUCAAUAAAGAAGUUUUUGCAAUUUUAAUUGACAGUCAAUGUUGUGGCUGUCACAUUGACUUUGAUAUCUUCAGUGUUACUUAAGUAGGAAGUCCUGGAACCAAUCCAAAUGCUUUGGAUCAAUUUGAUUAUGGAUACCUUUGCCUCUUUGGCUUUGGCUACAGAAACACCUACACCAGAAUUGUUGUAGAGAAAACCUCAUAAUAGAAACGAGUACAUGGUUUCAGAAAAAAUGUUCAAGCACAUUCUGGGAUAAGCCAUUUAUUAGAUGAUUAUUAUGCUAAUAUUAUUGUUUUCUGCUCAAAGCUUUGUUCCUGAAUACAAGGGAUCAGAAGAUAGCAAUGCAGAUUUUGAAGGAAACCUGGAAUACAAGUAUUCCAAUACAUAUUACGAUGAAGCAAUUAAGAUCCAUUUAUGUCCUAAUUAUUAAGAGUACUGCAACUUAGUUUCCUUCAGCACUGAUUAUUUUGUGGAUGGUUCAGAGAACUACGAAACGUUCUACAAAAAGAGUUAUAUCCCUUCAAGACAAUUUACAAUGAUUUUUAAUACCUUUGUGAUGAUGCAGCUAUUCAACUUCAUAAAUGCAAGGAGGAUAAAAGAUGAACCCAAUAUUUUCCAAGGCAUUUUCACAAACAUCCUAUUUCCUAUAAUAGUCAUUGGGAUUCUGGCUCUGUAAAUUAUUAUAGUUACAUUUGGUGGAAUCGUCUUCCACUGUUAUACAUUUUUUGGAUUAAGAAUUCAACAAUGGUAAACGUGAAUUAUAGAUUUAAGGUUGAUUUGCGUUGCAUUUGGCUCAGGAAGUUUGAUUGUGAGAGUGUUACUAAGACUGCUUCCAGACCCAAAACUCUCCUUUCUGAAUAAAUUAGGAGGACAUGGGCAUGCCAAUGAGGAAGUGUCAAAAUUGGCAUCCCCAACUGCACAGAACAACACUGGUUACUAAAUUUAAGUAAUUCGUUAAGAGUCUGAAUUGGCCAAUCUGAAUUAUCAUCCCUAAGAAUCUAGAGUGAUGUGA